AAAAUCAGAUUGUUGAAAGGUCAUAGGUCACUCCAGCUCCAAGAUGGCUGACGAAUUUCUUGCAGAUUCUCAGCUGAGGAGUUGGGUGUCAAUUCAGUGGGAAAACUGGCCGUCUUUCCCGCUUGUAGUCGGCGUAGCCCUCACGGUAGCAACCUACUAUGUCAAGUGUGUCGCUAAGAAACCGGUGCUGAUAACAGGUAGUAAGAGUUGUGCAGACUUCCUCCAGCACCACUGUCCUGUCCUGGUACAGGAGUACUACCCUACUGUCUGGUGCUUCACAUCGCGGGCACACACCCUCAUUUGUGGCAUCGUCCGUGACCUGGCUGAUGGCAAGCCGCCCUCCUACCAACAAGAUAUUCUCCACACUCCUGAUGGAGGGGAGAUCCAUCUGGACUGGCUGGAUCACCAUGGUAACCAUCACCAUGGUAACCAUCACCAUGACAACAAGACCCGCCCAACUGUUCUCAUCAUGCCUGGGCUGACAGGUCACAGUGGCUCAGCGUACGUGGCCAGACUAGCGAGGGGCGCUCACAAACAGGGCUACCGGGGUGUCGUGUUUAACAACAGGGGAACCAACGGUGUGGAACUCAAGAGUGCGAGGUCUUACUGUGCAGCAAACACAGAUGACCUUCACCUUGUGGUCAGCCAUGUCAAGACUCUGUACCCGGACGUGCCACUCAUGGCCGUGGGGGUGUCCCUCGGAGGGAUCAUCCUGUUCAACUACGUGGCUAAGUUGGGUAAAGACUGCGGACUGGUGGCGGCCAUGGUGGUUUCCGUGUCCUGGAACGUGUUUGAGGGAACGCGGUCGCUGGAAGAGACGGUCAACAAGCUGCUGUUCAACAGAUACCUAGUCAAGGGGCUAACCACCAAUCUGCGCAGGAAUCGUGUAGUCUUUGACCGGCAUGCCAGUGUUGAUGUUGACCAUGCUCUACAGGCUUCCACCAUUGGAGAAUUUGACGAGCGUUUCACGAGGAAAGUGUUUGGUUACGAGUCCCUGCAGCACUACUAUACGGAGGCCAGCCCACAUCGCAAGGUUCCCCACAUCCAGACCCCCAUACUGUGUCUUAACGCAGCAGACGACAUCUUCUCUCCAUUAGAUUCCAUUCCUGUAGAGGAGGUUGAGAAAAACCCCAACAUUGCGCUGGUUAUGACAUCGCACGGGGGCCACAUCGGCUUCGGUGAUUGGCUGUUCCCUUCCCGCGAGAGUUUCAUGGAUAAACUGUACCAGCAAUACGUGGAUGCUGUCUUCAAGUACGGACAGGAGCUGGGCAAUGAAGAAGAAGAAAAACGGGUAGAUGAAAUGAAAGUGCGAGAGUAACAUUCCUACUGCCUUCUAUGCCGUCAUUUCUUCACUAGGCCACAUCAAAUUGCAUUUGCUACUAAAUUAAAUCUCAUAAUGCCAAAUUGAAAAGUUAACAAAAUUAGUUCACAGGAAAGCUUAGUUUAAGAAGAAUGUUUUUACCUUGAUUAACACAGUUAAAAGGAGUGAAUACAGAUGCAUUCAUGUUUUUCUUCCAGUCCUUUGUUUUCAUGGAGGUAUUGUGAUCAGUUUGCUUGUUUGUGUGUUCUGUUGUGUGUCUGCAGUUCCUCCAUUGGAAUUUUGAUGCUAAGCACAUCAGGGACACUAACAGGAAGUUAGGUCAUAGGUCCCAGAAAGGUAACAGGAAAUAGAGUUGGCCGGAGUCAGAGUUUUACCCACUGAUUGUCGCAGGUAGUAAAGUUGGCCAGGGUCCAGAAUAAGGGUGAGAAAGUGCUUGUCUUUUCCCAUGGAUUACGUAGCAAGCAAAUUACCAAAAAACUUUCAUGGAGGUAUGAGGUUUCUGAACUCUUGUUUUCGUGUUGACUCUUUCAUAAGAAAAGUCAAAGAACCAAGGAAAGGUGUAGCAUAGAAAUCAAGUUUUCAUCAGGGGACAAAUCAAAGAGUUUGGGGUAUGACCAAGUAACAAAAUGAGCACAAAGCCUAAUUAGUUUGAUGCACCUAGUGCCACCUACCCAUGUAUAAUGUUGUCUAUCCCUAAAGCAGGUAUCUCACUGGAUUGUGGCAGUUUUACAAUUCAGUGCCAGCUUUCCCUUGCAGUCAGGUGGUUAAUGCAGUUUGCCAUAAUACAGUGAGAUGCCUGCUAAAGUUGUAUAUGUUCCCUCCAAAUGUUAUUUGAAAGACUGAUGUCAGUGAAUGAAAUUAAGAGAGGUGUAUAUAAAUAAUUGAAUAAGAAGCCAGUAAAUGAAAUUAAUUGCUAAAGAAACAUAAUAACC